GCUUUUUGUCUAUGCAUACUGAAAGGUGAUUACAGUCUCCUGGAUUAGCGAUGAGCGUUGAAAAUCAGAAGGAAGUGGAUGAAAAAAAAGACCAAAGUGGUCGCUUGUUACGCGAUGCUCACGUGUACGUAGCGGCUGGUUUCUCUUUUAGCGCUAAGCUAUAAGAUUCCUAGACUGGCAAGAUGGCACAGUAAGAAACUACUUCGAUAUUGUGACACCAGAAAAAUGUAUAUUCAACGUCCCAGAUCAGAGUUCAUUGUAGAAACUCAGUCGUGCAAAUUUUAUAAUUCAGAAUAAAAUAUUAAGCAGACUAAAAUGGAGGGGUUUAUGAAACAGGACAAUAGGAAAUUCUGAAUGUCAAAGGAUAUUCAGGACAUUUCAAAUGCCUUCACUUAUACAACUCGAAGAUCGCUAAACGUGGACCAACAAGAAAAAUCACAUGUGGAAUUUCGAAGCAGAGAACAUCAAUGGAUGCCAGGCAAUUAUUGUGUGAUGGGAGAAAUUUCAUGGGCACACGCCUGCCUGCAUGGGGGAUCGCUAAGACUUGGUUUCAGGAUCUGGUGAAACCGUCUUGUCGGUCCAUCGGAUCUUCAUGAUUCUACAAAGCGAAGAGACGUACAUAUAGACACAUAUGUCUGCCAUUCUACUCACUGUUACACUCGCCUGCUUGGGCCGAUAAAGUGUAACUUUUCUCAGACCUCGAGACGGUGGUAGAAAGUCGUCAGCCAAUCGGCUGAAUAGCCGGUGGUAACCUCGAGUGACUACUUCGUGAAGGAAGACUCUGGCGAGGUUGCUCCUACUGCGAACUGUGCAGUGUCGCGAGAGCUGGUGAACCCGUUAGAAGUGUAUGAUUACGCUUCAUCAGAAAUUCAAAAACACGUAUAUAAAAGUAGACUCUAGUGAAGAGACAAUAUAACGGUAACGUUUACCCAUAUGAGAGAAAGGAUUUUGCAAGAAAUUUUUUUUAACGGGAGAUUAUGAGGUUUCAAGGAACGGUGUUCUUUUGCACCGUCUUAAUAGUAGCUACAGUACACUGUCAAAAGAAUAAAAAGGAGGAAGACAAGAAGGAUGAAGAAUUCCAUUGUCCUGAAGGCCAAGGCAAUGGGAAUUUUGCAGAUCCAGCGACAUGCAGAAGGUUUUACCAGUGCGUCGACGGAUAUCCAUAUUUAAAUAGGUGUCCAUCUGGCUUACAUUUUGACGACAUCAGUAAAUUCUGUACGUUUAAGAACGAAGCGCGCUGCGGUCCCAUUGCAACGACACCAGCGCCGGUAACAGAACCACCCACUGAUUUAGCUGAAAGAUGCGACCCAGCAAAUUGUGAGCUGCCUUACUGUUUCUGUUCCCGUGACGGUACAAUAAUUCCUGGCGGUCUCGAUCCAGAAGAUACACCACAAAUGAUCUUAAUGACCUUCGACGGUGCUAUCAAUCAUAAUAAUUUCGAUCAUUACCAAAAGAUAUUUGCGAAGGAUCGUCUUAAUCCUAAUAAUUGUCCCCUGAAGGGUACAUUCUUCAUUUCUCAUGAAUACUGCAACUACAACAUGGUGCAAAGUUUCGCUCAUGAUGGUCAUGAAAUUGCUACUGAAACUAUAUCAUUACAAAAAGGACUUGAGGACAAGGGGUACGAAGAGUGGGUGGGUGAGAUGAUCGGUAUGCGAGAAAUUCUUAAGCAUUUCAGUAAUAUCUCACGCAACGAGGUAGUAGGAAUGCGUGCUCCUUAUUUGAAACCUGGUCGUAAUACCCAGUACAAGGUUUUAGAAGAUUUUGGUUACAUAUAUGAUAGUAGUAUCGGGAUCUCGCCAUUAAAGACACCAAUAUGGCCAUACACUUUAGAUUAUAAAAUACCUCAUGAGUGCAAGGCAGGUACUUGCCCCACCAAAUCAUUCCCAGGUGUAUGGGAGCUGCCAUUGAAUGCUCACUAUGUUGAAAGUUAUGAAGGUGGACACUGCCCCUACUUAGAUCAAUGCGUUCUGCAUAAUCAUGAUCCGGAAGAAGUUUUUGAGUGGUUGCAGGAAGACUUUAAUCGCUACUACGAGCAAAAUCGUGCACCGUAUAUGAUGCCGUUCCAUACUAAUUGGUUCCAAAUAAAAGAACUUGAGCGUGGCUUAGCGAAAUUUCUUGAUUGGGCAGUAACAUUACCCGAUGUGUACUUCGUUACUGCAACGCAAGCUCUGACUUGGAUGACCGACCCCAAGCCGUUAAAAGCACUACAUAAUUUCGAAGGUUGGGCAUGUAACAAACGAGACAAUCUACCUGGACCAUCGUGUAAUAAUGCUAACAAAUGUGCUCUUGAUUUUAAACCGGCAGAAUCUAACUUCACCACAACUAGAUAUUUGGAAACAUGCAGAGAGUGUCCCAAUAGAUAUCCUUGGUUAGGAGAUGCCAAGGGUUCUGGAUUAUACAAUGAUAAUUACAAUCCGGAAAAAAAGUAG